CCUGGCCACGUCCGCCCGACCUCGCUUGCUUCAUUCUUGUCUUGCCUGACUCUCCCUCCUGACUCCCCACUCCAACCCUCCCACACGCAUACGCAAUCACUCGCUCCUCCACCUCCCCUUUGUCCGUCUUCCUGCUCUUCUUCCUUCUCCCCCACCGUCACAUCACCAUCUUCAUCUUCUCUUCUUCCCGACUUUCUCAUUCAAUCACCGACAAUACAUGCACCCCUCCCUCGCUCACUCCACCCCCGACGAACCCCCGCGCCGCAUGAAGCCUGCCCCGUCGCAUCCUCCCUCACACCUCCUGCUCCCCAGCGCUCAAUGGGAACAUCUUCACCACGGUCCAUGAACACCUCUACCGCCGACUCAGACCCUGGCUGACUCCUCCUCCGCCUCCUCCGCCAAGUCUCCGCCCAUAUAAAUACACAUCCACACUACUGCGUCGCCUUCCACUUGCUCCACCAUGGAGCCUUCCCAGGAGGAAAACACCGAUGGCUCGUCCAUCAAGCCCGUGUCGUCGCUGCGCAGCCACUUCGAGAGCAUGCUCAAUGCCACCAAGCCCUCCUCCGGCAGUAACACCAUCCCCGCCCCGCCUGCAACCCCGCGACUGCCCUCGCCCGCCCUCGAUCGCCUCGUCGACGCCGAACGAAGACCUGAUGGGCGCAUGUCGCUGGAUAUUCCCAGGGAUGGUGGCAAUGCUGCCCGGCUGCCGUCGUCCAGCGCGCGGGAAAGCGGUGUGAAUAAUGGCCCCGCGACGCCGCGCUCGAGCACCACGUUGCGGAAUCCUUGGAGCACCCCCAAGCUCCGUCCGACGUCCAUGGUCGCAUGCGCUUCGCCGCCCUCGCCGUCCUCCUCUCCCCCGAAACUGACCAUCAUCUCCCCGAAAUCGCCGCCCAGGACUUCCGAACCCCAGAUCCUCUCCCCGCUGCCAUCACGUUCCUUCCCGCACUCGGCGCUCGACUCUCCCGCCCGCACCACCUUCCCCGCGACUGCCAAUGGAGGUCCAAAUGCGAUUGGAAAUGGAACUGGGGUUGGCGCAAAGAACUUCAGGAUCCCUAGCAGGCAUACUACCCCCCAGCUCGACUCGAAACCGUCCUUCCCCGCCAGCCAGAAUGUCAGCCCCUCUGGCGAUCCCCGCAAGAGCGGCAUUUUCGACCGGCACGCUGCGUCUGCUCCACCCGUCCCCCCGCCCAUCAAUCGCGCCGGCAAACCCAAGAUACCCGCGAAGCCGGCUUCCAUGGACAUUGGCGGCAAAGCAUCCCUCGCGCCGGAGCAGGAAGAGGUCAUGGACAAAGUGUCGCCUUUUAGCACCCCGCCUAGCAGUCACGAUGGCAGCCCUAGAAGAGAAGAGUCGGCAACGGUGGAGCCUGGCCACUCGAGAUCGAGAAGCGGAUAUUUCCCUCCUCCGCCUGUACAUCAUUCGGUGGCCGAGAGGAUAUCUGCCUCUGAUCCGCGAGCUUCAAUAAGUGGUCAAUCAGUAAGGAUUGGAGCUCCGCCUCCGCCAAAGCAAUCGGUUCCAAGCAACCGCCCAGAGGACCGACCCGCGCUUCCAGCGCGAAGAGAAAAGGAUAACAUGGAUCUGAGGAAGAGCAUGGUGAUACAAAGGCCCAUACCGCCAGAACCCCCUGUGCGACGGUCCAUGGAUACGUUCCGCCCAUCCUCGUUGGCCGCCGAGAGAUUGAUGCAACCUCCGAGACGUACUUCUACCGCGAAUAUAGUAACUAAUACCGCAUCCAAAUCUCUGGAACCACCCAAGCCACCGCCGCCGCGCAACUCUGGCGAAUUCCGAAGAUCCACUGACUCCCCACGACCGACUUCCAUCCCCGCACAUGUACAGCAGCCGUAUACCUACGAUUCCGACGAUUUUGAUGAGGCGAGUGAACAGUCGGGCCCGGUCUUAACCGACUACCCGGAUGCUUCCCACGCCAACCGCAGACCGCCGAUAUUCAAGGAAGGCGUCAACAUGAUUCCUACGGGAUAUGACACAAAGUUGUUCGCCAUUUGCGGAGAGUACAUAUGUACUACAGGCUACGUGACAAAUGUUUGGAAUGUGCUCAACGGCCGACUGCUCGUGAGUCUCAGCCAUGGUGAUACUGUAAAAGUGACUGCAAUAGCGUUUCGGCCCGCCAAAGACGUGGAAGACGAGGGCAAGCGGAUAUGGCUGGGCACCAAUACCGGGGAGAUGCACGAACUAGAUAUACCCACACAAAGCAUAGCCUAUACCAAGCCACACGCGCAUAGAGGAGCUACCAUUGUGAAGAUUUUCCGUUAUGCAUCAGAAAUGUGGUCGCUGGAUGACGACGGGACUUUGCACAUUUGGCCUGCAGACGAGUUUGGCCAUCCCACCCUGCAGCAAACCCCUUCCACGUUCCACAUACCCAGAGGCCACACUUUCUCCAUCAUUUCGGGGUCGCAGUUAUGGGUGGCUUUCACAAAGGACAUUCGCGUGUGGAACCGCACGGGGGAUAACCAGCAGUUCCAGCAAGUGACCCCUAAGAGUAUUUCGCAGUCUAACGUGGGAGAUGUGACAUCGGGCGCCAUUCUCAGCAGCCAACCAGAUCGCAUAUACUUUGGCCACACGGACGGCAAAGUCACCAUCUACGCCAAGAAGACGUUUGAGUGUCUCAGCGUGAUCAAUGUCAGCCUCUACAAGAUCAGCUCGCUGGUGGGGGUCGGAGAUUACAUAUGGGCUGGAUAUAGCACUGGCAUGAUAUACGUCUACGACACUUCUACUACACCGUGGAAAGUCCUGAAAGAUUGGAAGGCACAUGAGAAGAAGCCUAUCGCUGGGAUUCUAGCAGAUCGGACAAGCAUCUGGAAGUUGGACAGGCUGCAGGUUGCGUCGCUGGGCACGGAUAACCUCUUGCGCAUAUGGGACGGCAUGUUGCGCAAUGAUUGGUUAGAAUCCAAAAUGCACGAACACGAUGCAGAUUACUGCAGUUUCCGGGAGUUGUCGGUCAAGGUCAUGACAUGGAAUGCGGGCGCCGUCAAGCCGGCGAGCUUACAAUACAACAAACAAGAUCAAAACUUUUUCCGGGAACUUUUACAGCCAGAAGAUCCGCCGGAUAUCAUGGUGUUUGGAUUCCAAGAGCUGGUUGACUUGGAAGACAAGAAGAUAACCGCAAAGAGCUUCUUCAAGAAGAAGAAAAGCAAGGAGGCCUCGGAACACGAGCACAUGUCGCAUCAAUAUCGUGCAUGGCGCGACCACCUCAUUCGCACACUCGACGAACAUUGCCCUCGGCAGAACUACACGCUUCUCCACACAGCGAACCUCGUCGGCCUUUUCACCUGCGUAUUCGUCAAAGCCUCUGAACGCACCAAGAUCCGAGACGUAGCCGCCGCGGAGAUCAAGUUGGGCUUCAGUGGACGUGUCGGGAAUAAAGGCGCACUCGUAGUCCGCUUCUUCGUCGACGAUUCAUCCCUAUGCCUCAUCAACUGCCAUCUUGCCGCGGGCCAGUCCCAGACGACCCACCGUAAUAACGACGCUGCCGCCAUCAUGGAAGCCUCACCGCUCCCGCACAACCGCUCCCCGUCUGACUGCGCCCACUUCUUCGUCGGCGGCGGCGACGGCUCCAUGAUUCUCGACCACGAAAUCUGCAUCCUCAACGGCGACCUCAACUACCGCAUCGACUCCAUGACGCGCGACUCGGUCAUCUCCGCCGUCAAGCAAAACAACCUCGCCAAACUCCUCGACCGCGACCAGCUCCUCCUCUCCCGCAAACGCAACCCGGGCCUCCGCCUCCGCGCCUUCAACGAAGCCCCCAUCACCUUCGCCCCAACGUACAAGUACGACGUCGGCACCGAUACCUAUGACACCUCCGAGAAGAAGCGAUCGCCUGCGUGGUGCGACCGCCUGCUGUACCGCGGCAUGGGCCGCAUCAAGCAGCUCGAUUACCGACGCCACGACUGUGUCAAGGUUUCGGACCACCGGCCUGUGAGCGGGAGGUUCAAGAUCCGCGUCAAAACUAUCAGCGCCAAGCGCGCCGAGGAUGCGAGGGACAGGGCCGAAAUCGAGUUUGAAGCCGUCAAGCGGAGGAUCGCCGGUGAUAUCAAACUCGAUUACCUCGUCAACGUCUUUGGUCUUUCCAAGAAGGAGGCUGUGAAGCUUUUGAAGGGGUCUUGA